AUGGCCAAGGCACGUGUUAAGAAGCGCACUCACCAGAAGCCGCAGAAUGCUUCCGCUGUUAAGGGCACAGCGGCCUCAAUGUCCAAGACCCCGAAGUCUAUGGUCAUUCGAGUAGGCGCUUCCCAAGUUGGUAGCAGCGUUUCCCAAUUGGUCAAGGAUGUUCGCAAGAUGAUGGAGCCCGAUACCGCUGUGCGAUUGAAGGAACGCAAAUCCAACCGACUGCGCGAUUAUACUGUCAUGACUGGACCCCUCGGUGUCACCCACUUGAUGCUGUUCUCUAAAUCCGCGACUGGAAACACCAACAUGCGACUGGCAGUGACCCCCCGAGGCCCAACUCUUCACUUCAAGGUCGAGAACUAUUCGCUGUGCAAGGAUAUUGAAAGAGCCAUGAAGCGGCCACAAAGUGGUGGACAGGAUCACAAGACCCCACCCCUGCUGGUCAUGAACAAUUUCACCACCCCAGACGCCACCGAAGAAUCAAAAGUGCCCAAGCGCCUCGAGACCCUCACAACCACCAUCUUCCAAUCUCUCUUCCCUCCCAUCAACCCUCAAAGCCAGCCUCUGUCUUCCAUUCGCCGUGUCAUGUUGCUCAACCGUGAGCCCACCCAAAAGGAUGACGACUCAUAUAUCUUGACUCUACGUCACUACGCUAUCGCCACGAAGAAGACCGGUGUGUCGAAACGCAUUCGCCGUCUGGACCCUAAGGAGAUUCGCAACCGAGACAAGAAGAAGACCGCUGUGCCCAAUCUUGGAAAACUGGAGGAUGCUGCUGAUUAUCUGCUCGACCCGUCCGCUGCAGGCUACACAUCAGCCAGUGAGACGGAGCUUGACACCGAUGCCGAGGUCGAGGUUGCGGAGAGCACCACCCGUCGAGUUUUGAACAAGCGUGAGGCGCAGCGCCAAAAGGCCGCCGAGAAGGGACAGGACAAGCCAAGCCAAACGCCCGGUGUUGAGAAGCGGGCGGUGAAGCUGGUCGAGUUGGGUCCUCGUUUGAAGCUCCGCUUGAUGAAGGUGGAAGAUGGAGUCUGCGAUGGCAAGAUCAUGUGGCACGACUUCAUUACGAAAUCCGAUAAAGAGGUGCGCAAGAUGGAUCAGAACUGGGAUGUCAAGAGGAAGGAGAAGGAGCAGCGCAAGAAGCUGCAGAAGGAGAACAUCGAGCGGAAGAAGAAGGAGAAGGCCAGUGCUAGGGCUAAUGGCAAGGAAGUGGCUGAUGACGAUGAGGAUGUGGACAUGGAUGAUGAGGCCAAUUGGCUCAGUGAUGAUGACUUUGACCAGGGCGAAGGUGAAGCCGAGGACGACUCCGAGUCUGAAGCUGAUUCGGAUGACUCCAUGGACGAGUAA